CAACCCCCCUCCCACCACAUCUCCCCUCUCCCCCUCAUGCCCCACUCCCUCAUCACCCCUUCCCUCCCAAUCCCCCUUUCCCCCCCCUCCCCCAUCAUCCCCCAACCCCCUCUCAGUCGAACCAAGUCCAGAGAUUCGAACCAAGUCCUGGAGACGUUUGGGAACGCUAAGACAGUGCGCAAUAACAACUCGAGUCGCUUUGGCAAGUUCAUUGAGAUUCACUUUGAUAGCGAUGGCAGGGUGACAGGGGCAGCUAUUAGAUCGUACCUGCUGGAGCGGUCCAGAGUGGUGCAGAUCAAUAGCCCUGAGCGCUCCUACCAUUGUUUCUACCAGCUGCUCUAUGGGGCCACGCCCGAGGAAUCAGAAAAGUAUUCUCUGCCCACAGAGGGCGAGCGGGCAGCAGAUUUUUACUACUUGGCGCAGAGCGACUGCUACGAGCUGCCCGGAAAGAACAGCAACGCGAUGGAGUAUGAAUCCACUUGCUCUGCCAUGAACGUUAUGGGGUUCGACCCACGCGAGCAGGAGGGCAUAUUCGCAGUGGUGGCAGCCAUUAUGCAUCUGGGAAACGUGGACUUCAUGCAGCCAGAGAGCAUGGACGGGACAGGGGAGCUGCCCCCUCUGGUGGCAAAGAACGACAAGGCAGAGGCUGCAGUCAAGACCGUGGCUCGCCUGCUAGAGUGCGAUGAGGUGGCUCUUUGGGACUCCCUCGUCUCUCAGACGCGCAAGUUCGGGCGAGAGGUGAUCAGGAGCCCACUGGACCCCAAGAAGGCGGUCGUGAAAAGAGACACCCUUGCCAAGUUCCUCUACUCGCGCCUCUUCGACUGGAUUGUGUCAAAGGUCAAUGAGAGCAUAGGGCAGGACCCCAACCAUGCGUCCAUCAUCGGAGUGCUUGAUAUUUAUGGCUUCGAGCACUUUAAAGUCAACAGCUUUGAGCAACUGUGCAUCAACCUCACCAACGAAAAGCUGCAGCAGCAUUUCAACUCGAAGAAAGCACCUCAAGCUACCCCUCAACAUCCCCCACUAUCCCUCAACACCUACCCUCACUCCUUCCCACCGCAGCAUGUGCUGAAGCAGCAGCAGGAGUAUGAGGCAGAGGGAAUAGACUGGUUUGAUUCUCCCGCUUUCUCCCACCGCAACCCCCCACUCCUGGAAAAAACACCUCAAGCCACCCCUCAACAUCCCCCAUUACCCCUCAGCACCUACCCCCACUCCUUCCCACCACAGCAUGUGUUGAAGCAGCAGCAGGAGGAGUACGAGGCAGAGGGCAUAGACUGGUCUCGGAUUGACUUUGUUGACAACCAAGACGUGCUCGAGCUGGUUGAAGGGGUGAGUGAGUGA